AUGUGUGCGUGCAGGUGCAGCAGCGUCCAGCCCGUGACUCGGGACUUUCCAGACUCUGCCGACCUCUUCCCCCUGCCUGCUGAGCACGCUCACAGGCUGGGCGAUGGGGACAAGGAUGAUCAUGCAGAUGCUUCUAUGGGGGACAAGGACAAUAACGCAACUGCCUCUAUUGGGAAUGAAGAGGAUAAUGCUGCCGAGCUGGAUGGGGCCGAGGAGGGGAAGGUGGUGAAGGACAGUGGUGGAGCAGAUACUAACGGGAACGUGGCAGAUGCAGAGAUACAUGGCAAUACAGCAGCUGAUAACGGGGAUGAAGAGGGGACUAGAGAGGGGCACGUGGGGAGGGAAGGUGGGGAAGGGAUGGGGGGAGCAAGAGAUGGGGAUAGAGAGGGCAGGCGGGAGGAAGAGGAGUUAAGUGGUGAAUGCGGUGGAGUGACUGGGGGUGGGGAGGAAGUGGACGCACGGGAGGAAAGGGGUGGAGAGAAGGAAGGGGAGCGGGGCGAUGGGGCAGCCGAGGUGCGGAUUGGAGAGGCGGAGGCAACAAGCAUGGAGUUGGGGAGAGGAGGUGAAGGGGGCAGUGGCCGACUGGUGGGACGCGAGGCAGAGAGGGGUGAGGCUGGAGGGGCAGGGGUUCGGGAGGGAGGGGAAGAAGAGGCGGAUGGGGAGGAGGAGGAUGGUCGGGGAGUGGAGGUGGAUGAGAGAGUAAAGGAGGGGGAGGAGGGGGGAGAGGGGAAGGAGACGGAGGAGGGAGGGGAGGGGAACGUAGUGGAAGGGGCAGAAGGGGGUGAGGAGAGGAAGGAGGCGGAGGAGGUGAGGGACAGUGAAAGAGAAGACGAGCAGCAGGAUGGAGACGCAGGGCGAGCUGAGUACGGGCUUCCUGGGUCGAUGGCGAUGCCUGUAACACGCCCUCAUGAGGAAGGGGGCAUUCCUGUGAGUCAGGCAAUGGAGGAGAAGGAGCACGAGCCGUUGAGCAGGGAUGCCGAGGGGAAGGGCAAUGGGCAGGGGGGAGGGAUUGAUGUGCAGGAUGGGCAGGGGGGAGGAAAUGAUGUGGAGGAUGGGCAGGGGGGAGGGGAUGAUGUGGAGAUGGCAGAAGCGGGUGUGAAGCCAACGUCUGAGGCGUGGCUGCCUGGAGAUGGGGCGGAGGAGGGCUCAUAUGAGACGCAACAGAGAAAGGAUGUGAUGCAUGUGGACGCGGAUGCCUCUGCUACUGCCCUUGCGGCAGAUGUGCCUGUAGCCCCCUCUGCUGAUGAUGUCCCCAUGGCUGUGGAUGGUGAUACAGAGGAGGCGGAACUGCAGAGGGCACAGGAGGAGGACGUGCAGUGGACAGAGACGUAUGACACCCAGGAGACACGUGGAGGUGAAGGGCAGGAGAUGUCGUCUGUUGAGAAGAUGACUUCUGAGUUGACUCAAGAGGGGUUGGCGCUCGGGGAAGAGGAGGCGGAACUGCUGAGGACACAGGAGGAAAAGGACGUGCAGUGGACAGACGCGUAUGACACCCAGGAAACGGCUGCAACGACAGAACUUUUCAAGGACACGCCUGCAACAACAGGGCGUCAUGAAGAAUCUCCUGCAGCAGCAGAGCAUUCUCAAGAAUCACCUGCAGCGACCCAGGAGGAGAGAGAUGGAGUUGCAGCGCAGGAGAUGGAGGAGGAGGAGGAAGCGCUUGAGGAGCAUGCAGAGGAGGCGAAUGAGGCGGACACAGAACAAGGGAAUGAGGCGGGCUCAGAGGAAGCGCAUGUGGUGGCUGGUGUGGGAGGGGUGAAUGGGGCUGGAGGGAUAGCUGAGGGGGAGCGGGAGAAGGAGAAGGAGAAGGAGAAGGAGGAGGGAGUUGAGGCGGAUGAGGAAGGGGAGAGGUUGUUGGCGGGCCGUGAGCCUGGGGUGGAUCUAGGAGAAGGAGGAGGAGGAGGAGGAGGAGGAGGAGGAGGAGGAGGAGGAGGAGGAGGAGGAGGAGGAGGAGGAGGGGAGAGAAGUGCAGGUGAGGAGGCGGACCUAGUGGUGGAAGUGGGGUGGACGGGAGGGCGAGUGAGAAUGGAUGUGGGGGGGACGGGAGGUGGGGCAACAGGGGUGAUGGGUGGGGGGGAACAAGUGGGGGCUAGAGUAGCAGUUGAGGGGGUAAGGGUGAGAGAGCAGGUAGGAGUAAUUGGGAAGAGUCGGAGCGAAGAGGAGGGCACAGGGGAGGACAGGCAGACAGCACAGACGGGCUUGGCUGCCCUCGGAUUUGGCAGUGGCAGUGCAGGUGGUGGCAAGAGGAGUUCUUUUGAGAUACGUGAGAAGCAGGGGGCUGGUGCUGACAAUGCUGCCCGUGCCGGCCGUGCUUGGAGUGGGAUGCAGGUCGAGGCGGUGGUUCCUGAAGAAGGGACGGAAGCAAGGGGAGGAGAGGGAGAGCAAGGAGUGCAAGAGUCUGUGCGCUGGGGGGCAAGGGGAGAGGAGAAGAAAGGAGCAGGAGAGGCAGGAGCGAGGGAGGCGGGAGAAAGAGCGUCAGCUGCGAAAGGUCCAGCCGCAUUACUGCGCCGCGAGCAGAUCUCAGAAAUCGACAUGUCAGCGAGAGUGGAGGUGAAUGUGCCGGGAGUGACGGCUGCUGCUGCCGACACGAUCGCCGAGACGCUAGCUUCCAAAAUGGCUGCUGAGGUGGCAGCAGCCAUUGCUGCUGGGCUUGAUGGAGCCAAGAAAAGGCCAGGUUCUGCCGCCCAGGAUCAGAGCAGCGAAAAGGAGAAGGAUGGGAGACGCAGUGAGGCGGAGGGGGGAAAGGGUGCCGCCAAGGAUGGAGAUGUGCUUUUCAAGUCUACCCGAUGCGCCGUGGUGGCGGGAUUGGGUGAGGGCUCAGCAGCGGAAGAGCUGGAGUUUGAAGUGGUGGUGGUUGGGCGGAGGAGGAAGAGCACAGGGAGCCCUGCUGACACACCCACGACAACUCCAAGGGCAGGCAGGGGCCGUGCUGGGAAUGAUGCUGACGAGGGUGGUUUGGAAGGAAGGCCGCAGGAGGUGGCGCCAUGGAUCCGACUAGAGCCUCUACUGGUGGAACGCCAGCCAGAGUCUCCGCGUUCGCUGGUGGUGAGGGUGCGGGUGGUUCCAGGGAAGGAGUUUUGCCAGUCACUCCAAAUGCUCCAAUUUAUCCGAUUCCAGCUGAAGAUAAGCCAAUUUGCUGUUCGGCCUUCUUUGUUCAAACUUGACAAGGUGGGCAAAGCGGCUUCCACCCAUUUAUUGAUAUUGAUCUGGAGGUCGAUGUCGCUUCCUCCUAAGGCGCUGACGAUUCAGCUCCCGCCGAACCAAUUUGAGGACGAUGCGGGAGGCGGCAGUUCGUCUGAUGGCAGCGGCGCAGACGGCGUGGCGAAGAAGGAAGAGGAGACUCAGAACACGGGAACGCCGAGUGGUUCCUUGAAGCGGAAGCGCAACCUCCCUGGAAACCCAGAUCCGGACGCGGAAGUUGUCGCUCUGUCCCCGCGCACACUCCUCGCCACCAACCGGUUCGUGUGCGAGAUUUGCAACAAGGGCUUUCAGCGCGACCAGAACCUGCAGCUGCACCGCCGCGGCCACAACCUCCCUUGGAAGCUCCGCCAGCGGACCACGCAGGAAGUGCGGAAGAAGGUUUACGUCUGCCCGGAGCCUACUUGCAUCCACCACGACCCGUCCAGAGCGCUUGGAGAUCUGACCGGGAUCAAGAAGCAUUUUUGCCGCAAGCAUGGGGAAAAGAAGUACAAGUGCGAAAAGUGUUCGAAGAAGUACGCCGUGCAGUCGGAUUGGAAGGCCCACAUGAAGACGUGCGGUACUCGCGAGUAUCGAUGCGAUUGCGGUACUCUUUUUUCAAGGCGCGACAGCUUCAUAACGCACAGAGCUUUCUGCGACGCGCUCGCGGACACAGGCCCCACCAGCGUUAAACCCGAGCCUGGCGACUCCGCUGCUACAGGCACCGGCCCCGGGAGCGUCGGCGGACUCAACCACAAAGGCGCGGGGUUCGAGGGAGACACGAUGCGAGGCGCUGCCGUCAUGUUCGGUGAUGACGUCACGAAAGCCGCCGCUGCUGGCGCGGCUCUUUUGCCGGGUCAACAGCAAAAUUUCCAGUCGCAGGGGCUUCAAGCGUCGCAGCAGCAGGGCUCGCAGCAGCAGUUUUCGUCGCAGGAGUUCGCAGAUCUGGUCAGCCGAGCCAUGAACAAGCAAGGCGGGGGCGGUAUGGGGUUGUGGCUCGGCCAAGGAUCCAACAGCGGAGGGCAGAAUCAGGGUAUGACGCCGCAGCAGCAGAUGCUGCAGGCUGUGACGCAGGGAGGAUUGAACCCGAGCGCUCUUCUUGCGGCGAUCAACAAUAGUGGCGGUAACAUGGCGAGCCUGCUGGCUGGUGCUGGAGUCUCCAGUCUUCUCUCGUCCCUGGGCGGCGGAGCUGGAGGUAAGGACAUUGGCUCCUUAAUCUCCUCCCUUCUCGGCUCCAACGGCAGCACGGCUCCUGGGGGUAACCUGGACCCAGGAUACGCUUCUAACGCUGGUGGUGGCGGUGACAUAAACAGUAACGUUUAUGGUGGUGGUGGUGGUAACCAGGGUAACAUUUCAGGGCCUGCUGGGGGGCUGUCUGGUGUGGGCAUGGGGGGAGAUCCCUACAAUUCCAGUGGCGCUGGUCUGCACGGGUCUGCGCCAGCCAAUGAUGACGGUCUAGGGCAGGGCGCGCAGCAGGACGGGCUGCAAGGGCUCUCGGGUGUCAACCUCCCAGACCUGCUGCAGCAAGCAGGCGCAGUGCUCGCCCGCUCCGGAGGUCUGGGCAACCUGGGAGGUGCGGGUGGCCAGGGGUCGUCGCUUCUGACGAGGGCAAUUGAGACGUUGGCGAGUCAGGGGUUGCCGCUUGGUGGGGGGCAGAACUCGGGUCUUCUGGAUGCUGUUGCUGGCCUGGCAGGAGGAGGGCAGGGCAACUUUGGUGGGGCGGUUGGUGCUCUGGCAGGGUCGUUGCAGCAGCAAGACCAAGUGAAUAAUGGUGGGGGUGGAGGGAUGAUGGGAGGGCAUCAGCAGCAACACCAACAGCAGCAACAGCAGCAACAGCAGCAGCAGCAGCAACAGCAGCAGCAACAACCGCAACAGCUGCAGCUUCCAAAUGAUUUGAUUCAGCGAUUGGCGGAUAAGCUGCCGCCCGGUCUGAACGUGGACACACUGCAGUCUGCCCUCAGCAUGUACCCUGAGCUUGGCGCAAACGGGGCUCUGUCUUCUGCGCUCAACACCCUGCUCUCAGGAGGAGGUGGUUUUAACGCAGCUCCGCAGCAGCAACAGCAAGUGGGGAUGGUGGGAGGGGAAAAUGCAGAUGGUUGGGGUGGGGGUGGCAUGGGUGGAGGCAAUGGUGGUGGGCUGGAACAGGGGAUUUCGGGCAUUCAAGAUAUAUUCUCUUCUGGAGGAGGCCAGAACUCUGUGAUGGCUGCGAUGCUGUCUGCUAGCAAUGGAGAUUUGGCAGGUGGACUGGCGGGGGCUUUUGGAGGGGAUGGCAGCGGGGGCUUGCUCGGUGCUGGAGUGUUCUAA